AUGCCGCCCAUCAUCAAUGAGAUGGGUGGAGCAGUGGUGACGGCGUGGAGCAGUGGUACGGGUGGCAGUCGUCGACGGCUUGGAGCAAUGGCGACAGCGGAUGUGGUAGAGGCGUGGAGCAGUUGUGGGUCGAUGGCACACAUAGAGAAAUACGCACUUCGUUCUCUUUGUGUGUUCUUGAAGUGUGGACUAUUAUCGGUUCAUGGAGAUGGAGAUGACAAUCAAAAUGUGCAAGUGAAUCCACAACCUACAUUCAAGGUGGACCAAAACAUGAUGUUUCUAAAUAUGGAUGAAUUGUAUGUGGGGAAUAUUCACAAGAUCAAAUUUGACUUCGAUGACCCUUCCACAUCUCCUCAUCAUUUCCUCCCAAAAGAAGUGGCCGAUUCGAUCCCUUUCGCAUCGUCCGAGCUCCAAAAUAUUCUCAAACUCUUCUCAAUCCCUCAAGGUUCCGAAAAAGCUAAAGCAAUGGAAGACACGUUGUUUAAGUGUGAGAACACUUAUAAGAAGGGAGAGGUUAGGACAUGUACGACUUCAUUAGAGUCCAUGAUUGAUUUUGUGCGUAGCGUAUUCGGACCGAGAGCUGAGAUCAAAGUCCUGGCAAACAGUCACACACCGGGGUCGACCAGUACUUCUGAUGAGUACACCAUGGCGGAAGUCGGAGAGAUUCCGAUGCAUAAGAUGGUUGGAUGUCAUUGGAUGCGUUAUCCUUAUUCAGUUUAUGAUUGCCAUCACAGGUUCAAUUCUAAAGCCAAGGUUUUCAGGGUGAAACUCGUUGGUAACAGAGGAGGAGAUGAAUUGGAAACUUAUGUUUCUUGCCAUAUGGACACAUCGACGUGGGAUCAGAACCUUCAAGUGUUUGAUUUACUUAAUGUCAAGCCAGGAAGCUCUCCUAUUUGCCACUUCUUCCCUGAAGGAGACCUUAUAUGGAUCCAGCCAUCUAUCUAAGGAUAUGUAGUAGUAGAUUCACUCUCCUGUGUUUUAAUGUUAUUUGCUAUGGUUGCUUUACUCUACAUAUUCUACAUAGUUGAAUAUGGUGGUUACUACGUACCAAAUAUGUAAUAAAUCUAUGUUGGAGAGUGAAUUAAUAUUGAUGUAAUGAACUUUAGUUCAUCAAUAAAUAAACUAAUGAAUGAUGUUAUUGCUUGUCUGUA